UCAUUUUAGUACUGGCAGGCAAACAUAGAGAAGUAAUUAAGCGUGUGUGAGAGAGAGCAUCUAACACACGCAUUCACAAACACAGAGAGAAAGAGAGACAGAGAUGGGAUUCAUGGUGACGCUAAAGAAGGUGAAACCUUACUUGGCUAUGAUCUCCUUGCAGUUUGGUUAUGCAGGAAUGUACAUCAUCUCCUUGGUCUCUUUGAAGCGAGGUAUGAGUCACUACGUACUUUCAGUGUACCGUCAUGUGGUUGCCACGGUUUUGAUUGCGCCCUUUGCGAUUGUUCUUGAACGGAAAAUAAGACCAAAGAUGACUCUGCCGAUUUUCCUAAGAAUUCUCGCGCUUGGUUUCCUGGAGCCGGUACUUGAUCAGAACUGCUAUAACUUGGGGAUGAAGUACACCUCAGCUACGUUUGCAUCUGCCACUGUCAAUAUGCUCCCCGCCAUAACCUUCAUAAUGGCACUCAUAUUCAGGUUAGAGACCGUAAAUUUCAAGAAGUUACAUAGUGCAGCCAAGGUAGUGGGCACUGCAGUCACAGUCAUGGGAGCUAUGGUUAUGACUUUGUACAAAGGUCCCAUCAUCGACUUCCUUAAGAAAGGAGCACAUAACCAACAGCAAGCCAACAAUGACUCCGCUGACCAGCAUUGGGUCACUGGCACAUUGUUGCUUCUAGCAAGUAUCUGUGGUUGGGCCAGUUUCUUUAUAUUGCAAUCAUUUACUUUGAAGAAAUACCCAGCUGAGCUCUCUCUCACAGCUUGGAUAUGCUUAGCGGGCAUGGUAGAAGGUUCAAUCGUGACACUUGUGAUGGAACGUGACAUGAGUGUGUGGGCUAUUGGCUGGGACUCAAGGCUCCUUGCUGCUGCAUACUCUGGGAUCGUUUGCUCUGGAAUCGCAUAUUAUGUACAAGGAAUCGUUAGCAGGGAACGCGGUCCAGUGUUCGUCACGUCUUUCAGCCCACUGUGCAUGAUCAUCACAGCCGCUCUGGGUGCCAUUGUUCUAAAUGAGAUAACCCACCUUGGGAGUAUAAUUGGAGCAAUCCUCAUAGUCUUCGGCCUUUACACGGUUGUGUGGGGCAAAAGCAAAGAUCUUCUUCCAAACGCAAAAGCCAUACAAGACGAUGACAAAAGUGGAACCCAUGAAUUGCCAAUCACAGACAGCAUUAGAUCAAUUAGCAACAACGAUGUAGAUGCUGGGGUGACUAAGAUUCCAGUUAUAGUCCCCCAUCACUAGGUUCUUGAAAGAUUAUAUACAAAUCUUUCUUUCUCCCUAGUGGAAUGCUUUGAAUAUGUAUCUUUAACCUUUUUGAGAUUUACAUGAGCUAAAUAAGUGACGAAUUAUAUAUGUUUGUCUA